AUGCGACGGAGUUCGGUAUCGGCGACUCGUGUGCGGAUCCACUUCAAGAUCAUCGAAGGCAAGACCGAGCGGACACAGCUGUUCGAAGGCAUCUGCAUCGCCCGCAAGGGAUCGGGGAGCAGCUCGACCUUCACGGUCCGCAAGAUCUCGUACGGCGUCGGCGUCGAGCGCGUAUUCCCGCUGCACUCGCCGAAGAUCGGCAGAAUCGAGGUCUCGCGCCGGGGCCGCGUGCGCCGCGCGAAGCUCUUCUACCUGCGCGAUCGGGUGGGCAAGGCCGCCAAGGUGCCGGAGCGCCGGGUCCGCAAGCGCUAG